AUGAAUUCUAUGAUAGUCGGUAGGUCCACCUUGAGGUAUGGGAUUAUAAACCCAAGGAUAUUUAAAUUCACUCAUUUUAGAUAUUCUACGUCCACUGAAAAUGUCAAGAAGGAAGAAAAGAGUCCAGAACAAGCUAAAAAAGAAGCUGCUGAAUUAGCUAUGCAAUCUAUUAAAGAUUUAGGUGGUCUUUUUUCUUCGUCUUCGUCUGACGAUGCUACUCAACCGAUUGACACCAAACCCGUUUUUCAAAAUCCAAAAUUGUUUGGUAGUUUAAGCUUACUCCAUCAAGGACAAGUAUUGAAGGAAUUACAAGUUAAAUUUGACCUGAAAUGGACAAAGUUGACGUUAGAAGACAAAAAAUUAGGAUACUACAUCUACUUUGGAGACUGGGGUGUUAGGGACGAUUUUAAAAAUUGGAAUACUAAUGAAGCACCGUACGAUUUACCAUUUCAUAUACCGAGUAAAGUGAAAACUACGAAGCCAACAAAUACCACGAAGAUUAAUAAGAUAAACCCCCCUGUGAUAUUAUCCCUAACACCUGUUAGAACUAAGCAAUUUGAUUUCAAAAGAGUAGAUGGCGUUUCAAAGUUCUUUAUUUAUUUGACUAUAUUUAUAUCCAUGCUUGCAAUCUACAGAGACAAAAACUACGGCGAAGAAUUCAGACCCGCAGAGGUUAUCAUUGAGGAUGAAUACGAAAAGCAAAGACAAGCCAGACAAGAACAACUAGAAUAUGAACUUUUAAAAAAACUCGACGACGAAAAGAAACUGUCCCGCAAGUGGUAUUACUUAUGGUUAAAAUAA